AGGAGCUGUUCAGUCUCACCCAGGAACCAAACAUACACAAACAUGGCGAUGUCACCAGCGGUCGGGAUGCACUCAUCUCUUCACUGUACCUUCUAUGUAACGCUACUUUGGCUCGCUGGAACAUGUUCCUCGACUCUUCGUUUUAACCCAGCGCUGCGCUCGCAGCUGCCGCAGGACAGAGGAUAUUACACGAUAAACGCCAAUGGGGAUUUAUUGGACGCAGGCGGAGGAGGCGCCGCGGUUCCUGAGCUGGGACUGGCCGUUCUCGAUGCUUCUCAAGGCGGCUCACACUCCGGCGCCCUACCGCUGCACCGAAACCGCCGGAGCACCGGCGUGGCGAAAAUGCCAAAGGUGUACGGGCAGGCAAGCCUGAAUGACUCUCACAACCAGAUGGUGGUCCACUGGGCUGGAGAGAAGAGCAAAGUCAUUGUUGCCUUGGCCCGAGACAGCGCAGGAGCUACUGGGCCAAAAACCAGCUCUGUGUACGUCUCCUAUGACUACGGCACCACGUUCAAUCUCGUCUCAGAGAAGUUCCAGUUAGUGGGGGCCAAGGACGGCAGUAAACAGGUCAUCUCUCAGUUCUAUCACAGUCCAGCGGACAACAGGAGGUAUCUUUUUGUGGAUUCGACCAACAAUUACCUGUGGAACACCUUUGACUUCUGUAGGAAUGUCCAAGGAUUCUUGCUCCCCUUCAAACCCACAGACCUACUUCUUCACAGCAAACGAUCAAGCCUGGUGCUGGGAUAUGACAGCACUCACCCAAACAAGCAGCUCUGGAAAUCAGACGACUUUGGGGAGACGUGGGUGUUGAUUCAAGAACAUGUGAAGACCUACUUCUGGGGAGUGGAGCCCUACGACCCACCAACCACAGUGCUGGUCCAGAGGCAUGAGCCCCAGGGGGUCUCCACCAUACUCAGCAGCACUGACUUCUUCCAGAGUGAGCAGAAUCGCAGAGUGAUCCUUGAGCAGGUGGACAGUUUCCAGCUUAGAGACAAGUACAUGUUUGCAACAACCACCAGGAAACUCUUUGGCAGUCAUGAACCUUCAUCUGUUCAGCUCUGGGUAUCUUACAGUCGCCAGCCCAUGAAAGCUGCCCGUUUUACCACUCGCCAUCCUAUCACAGAAUACUACAUAGCUGAUGCUUCUGAAGACCAGGUGUUUGUGUGUGUGAACCACGUAAACAAUGUCACACACUUGUACAUCUCAGACACACAGGGCCUCUCCUUUUCUCUUUCGCUGGAGAAUGUUCUGUACUUCAGCCCAGAAGGUUCUGGAAGCAACACACUCAUCAGAUACUUUGCCAAUGAGCCUUUUGCUGACCUACACCGUGUGGAGGGACUUAGAGGCGUGUUUAUUGCCACGCUGAUCAAUGGCUCAGCCAGUGAAGAAAACAUGAGGUCUGUCAUCACUUUUGACAAAGGCGGAACGUGGGAACUUCUGCAGCCUCCUGCUGCCGACAGUCUUGGUGGGACAGUGGACUGUCAGCUCGGCAAAGGAUGUUCCCUCCACCUGGCUCAGCGCUGGAGCCAGCUCUUCAACAUCCAGCUGAGGAGGAUUCCCAUUUUGUCCAAGGACUCUGCUCCAGGACUCAUCAUGGCCACAGGAUCUGUUGGCAAGAACCUGGCCAACAAGCCCAACGUGUACGUGUCCAGCAGUGCGGGUGCCCGAUGGAGGGAGGCAUUAGCAGGCCCGUACUUCUACACAUGGGGGGACCACGGUGGUAUUCUGAUCGCAAUAGCACAAGGAGGAGCAACCAAACACCUCAAAUUCAGCACAAACGAAGGUGAGACCUGGACCGACUUCCAUUUCUCAGACAGAGAGGUGUUUGUUUAUCAGCUGCUGACGGAGCCGGGAGAGAAGAGCACCGUCUUCACCAUCUUUGGCUCCUACGCUGACCAGAGCCACAGCUGGCUCAUUCUCCAGGUCAACACCUCAGAUGUUUUAGGUGUUCCCUGCUCUGAAGCAGACUACAAGCACUGGUCACCGUCUGAUGAGCAUGGCAACGAGUGUCUUCUGGGUCGAGAGAUCACGUUCAAGCGGAGAACUCCUCACGCUACCUGCUUUAACGGAGAGGAUUUUGACAGACCCGUCACUGUUUCCAACUGUUCCUGCUCACGCCAGGACUACGAGUGUGAUUACGGCUUCAAGCUGAGUGAAGACUUGUCCCUGCAGGUGUGUGUGCCUGACCCCGAGUUUGUGGGUGACCUCUACGCUCCUCCAGUGCCGUGUCCUGUUGGCACCACCUACCGCCGCAGCAAAGGCUACAGGAAGGUACCAGGGGACAGUUGUAGUGGAGGAGAUGUGGAGGCCAGACUCGACGGAGAGAUGCUUCCUUGUCCUGUCAGAGUGAGUAAUGAGUUCAUCCUGUACGCUGUGAGGAAUUCCAUCCAUCGGUAUGACCUGGCCACCGGUGCUGAUCAGCCUCUGCCUCUAGCUGGACUUCGUGAAGCUGUUGCUCUGGACUUUGACUAUGACAGAAAUUGCCUUUACUGGGCGGACAUCUCACUGGACACAAUCCAGCGUCUCUGCCUCAAUGGCAGCACGGGUCAGGAGGUUGUAGUCCGGAAAGACCUUCAGAAUGUAGAAGCUUUAACCUUUGACCCCAUAAGCCGCUUGCUCUACUGGGUUGAUGCCGGGGCGCAAAAGAUAGAGGUUUCCAAUCCAGAUGGAGACCUGCGUCUCACUCUCCUCAACUCAUCCAUUUUAGAGCAUCCCAGAGCUCUAGUUCUCUUGCCUGAAGAGAGUCUAAUGUUCUGGACCGAUUGGGGAGACCGCGCAGCAGGUGUUUAUCGGAGCUAUAUGGAUGGAACCAACGUGUCCUGCAUAGCGUCGGAGGGCGUACGCUGGCCUAAUGGGAUAACUGCUGAUGAUCACUGGCUGUACUGGACUGAAGCCUACAGUGAUCGCAUUGAGAGAGCCGACUUCAGUGGAGGUCAGCGAAGCAUUCUGAUGGAGGGACUUCCUCAUCCAUACGCCAUCGCGGUCUUCAAGAAUGACCUUUACUGGGACGAUUGGUCAAGAAUGGGAAUCUUCAAGGCUCCAAAGGCUGGUUCCCAGAGCAAUGAACUAAUCGUUGGCCGCUUGACUGGGGUCAUGGACCUGAAGAUCUUCUAUAAGGGGAAGAACAGAGGUCAUAAUGCGUGUGCUGACCAGCCAUGCAGCCUCCUCUGCCUGCCGCAACCCGGCAGGCGGCACACGUGUGUGUGCCCUGAUGGGACUCCAACUACCACCUUGCCAAAUGGUGAACUGCAGUGUCAGUGUCCUACAGGAUACCAGUUAGUGAACAAAACCUGUGUAAAGACUGUUCACAGUUGUUUGCCUAACCAGUACCGCUGCUCCAAUGGACGCUGCAUCAGCAGCAUCUGGAAGUGUGAUAGCGACAACGACUGUGGAGACAUGAGUGACGAGCAAGAAUGUCCGACUACAACUUGUGACUCGUCCAACCAGUUCCGCUGUGUAGCCACUGGCUCUUGUAUCCCACUGGCCUUUAAAUGUGACCGUGAAGAUGACUGUGGUGACAACAGUGAUGAACAGCAUUGUGAGUCUCACCAGUGUGGGCCUGGAGAGUUCACAUGUGCCCGGGGUGUUUGUAUCCGAGAGGCCUGGCGUUGUGAUGGCGACAAUGACUGCAGGGACUGGUCAGAUGAAGCCAACUGCACAGCAGUGGGCCACCACACGUGUGAGGCAGACAGUUUCCAGUGUCACACGGGUCAUUGCAUCCCGCAGCGCUGGAUGUGUGAUGGCGAUGACGAUUGCAAAGAUGACUCGGAUGAAGAUCCUCAUCUCUGUGAUGGGACUCGCUGUAAAGGCUUCCUCUGCUCCAAUAACACAUGCCUGCCCACCGCCUCUCACUGUAACGGCAUCAAGGAGUGUCCUGAUGGCGCGGAUGAGCUCAACUGCGACCCGCUAUGUACCCGCUACAUGGAGUUUGUGUGCGAGAACCGGGCUCAGUGUCUGUUCCAGUCCCUGGUGUGCGACGGGAUUAAGCAUUGUGAAGAUGGAUCUGAUGAGGACGCAGACUACGCUCAAUGUGCCUCACCGCCAGAAUUUGGAAACGUGUGUGACUCAUACACCUUCCAGUGCGCCAAUGGAAUGUGUGUGAGUCUGGAGUGGAAAUGUGACGGCAUGGACGACUGCGGGGACUACUCUGAUGAGGCAAACUGUGCUGCUCCCAUCGAGGACCCUGGCUGCUCCAGGUAUUUCCAGUACGAGUGUAAAAAUGGGCGCUGUAUUCCAACUUGGUGGAAAUGCGAUGGUGAGAAUGACUGUGGCGACUGGUCAGAUGAAUCACAGUGCACAGGUGGUGGUACGCCACACAAUGUGUCCCAUGGUCAGACUACCUGUGCUGCCAACCGUUUUAGCUGUGGCUCUGGCGCCUGCAUCAUUAACACGUGGGUGUGUGACGGUUAUGCCGACUGCCUGGAUGGUUCCGAUGAACUUGGGUGUCCCACAGUCAAUGGCUCCGCCACCGUGGUCCCUGUGCCCACCCUUGCCCCACCUCACCCCAAUCGAUGCGGUCCGAGUCAGUUCAUGUGUCACAGACCAUCCCAUUGCAUCCCUGACUGGCAGCACUGUGACGGUGUUUUCCACUGUCAGGAUGGUUCUGAUGAAGCCCACUGCCCCACCCGGGGUCCACUUUUUUGUGUGAAUGGGACUCGCUGCACUGACGGAGAAGCGUGCGUGUUGGACAGCGAGAGGUGUGACGGCUUCAUGGACUGUUCUGACCACAGUGAUGAGGACAACUGCACAUUGGACAUGCUAGUUUACAAGGUCCAGAACGUCCAGAGCACACCUGACUUUUUUGGUGCCAUCACUCUAACAUGGACACGCCCCAAAAAUCUUCCCCUGGAUUCCUGUUACUUCCUGAUCUACUACAGGCUUGUGGGCACACAGCAGUGGACCAUCAUGGACACACACAGCAAUAAAACCAGCUACAAGCUGACUGUGCUGCAGCCUGACACAACCUACCAGGUCAAAGUGCUGACCCAGUGUCUCAGCAGGCUACACAAGACCAAUGAAGUGGUCACAAUCCGGACACCUGAGGGAUUGCCCGACCCUCCGAGCAACCUGCAGCUGUCAUGUGACAACGCUGAGGAUGGGACAGUGGAUGUGUCCUGGAGCCCACCGGACAAAGGACACGGCCUGAUUAGAGAGUACAUUGUUGAGUACAGUGAAAUGGAUGGAGUUGAGUGGAUGUCACUAAGAAGUGUCACGAGCAGGGUGCAAGUGAAGGACAUGCAACCAGACACCCUGUACAGAUUUAGGGUGGCAGCAGUAACUGGUCGAGGCGUUGGGAACUGGACUGAGGUCAAAUCCAUCACCCCUAAAAAAGCACUGCCUCCUCCCUCUGUGAUUGCAGACAGCAUCACUGAAGACUCCAUGAUGCUGUCGUUCAGCUUCAACUCCCAGUAUGAGGUGAAGCAAUACGCAGUACUCCUGUCCUGGCAGUUUGACAGCCACAUAAAGGAGAACAAGAACUACACAGUGGGGGAGCGUGUCCUAAAAGCUGUAAACCUGACGGCAGGAACGACCUAUGAGGUGGCGGUGUGGGCUCACACCAGCAUUGGGGACAGUCCCACAGCCCUGUCUCAUCACAGUACUGCAGGGAAACAACCAGAGAAGCCCCUGAUCAAAGCCAGAGCCGUGAACCAGACAGCUGUGGACUGUAGCUGGACUGUCACUGGCCCAGCAGCAAAGGUGUACGCUGUGUUCUAUGCCACCUCGUUCCUGGAUCUGUUUCGUCGUCCUCAUCAGGUCCGCACCACUGCCUUCAGUCUCACCGUCACAGUGGACAGCGAUGAGCAGUAUCUCUUCCUGGUGCGUGCAGUUGCUCCCUUCCUCGGCCCCCCGUCUGACUACGCUGUGGUGAAGAUGAUUCCGAACGAGCGUCUGCCUCCCAGGAAUCUGCAUCGAGUGCGAGUGGACAAAACUCAGGCCACCCUGAAGUGGCAGCCACCAUACGAUGCCCCCAACGCAGCACUGACGUAUGCUGUUCACGUCAGGGACGUGGUGAGGAAGGUGGAGCGUGACUACAAAGUGACCACGCAGAAUAACACUGUGGAGUAUGUGCUGAGAGGCCUGGAGCCUGGUGGACGCUACAGCAUCUCAGUGCGGCUGCGCAACAUGAGCAAGGAGGCCAGUUUCACUCUGAGCACAGUCUCUGUCGCGGCGCCGGAAGCCCUGAAGAUCCUGACUGAAAAUGACCAUGUGUAUCUGUUAUGGAAAAGUCUUGCAGUCAGAGACAAGGCCUUUGAUGAGAGCCGGGGCUACGAAAUCCAUGUGAAUGACAGCACGAGCAACCAGACGUCCUUCCUGGGGAACACCACAGACACCUUCUUCCGCAUCAACAGUCUGCAGAAAGGACACAACUACACCUUCUCUGUGCAGGCCCGCUGUCUGCUGAACGGCCAGCUGUGUGGGGAUCCGGCUCUGCUGCACUACAACCAGCUCACUGGCGGAGCCAGCGACACCUCCAGCAGCGAGGAGAGGUCGGGGGAUGUAGCAGCAGUGGUGGUGCCGGUUCUCUUCCUGCUGCUGCUCGGAGCGUGUGGAGGGCUGUUGGCGCUGUAUAUCCGGCAUCGUCAGCUGCAGAACAACUUCACGACGUUUGCCAACUCCCACUACAACUCCCGCCUGGGCUCUGCCAUCUUCUCGUCGGGGGAUGAGCUGGGUGAUGAUGAUGAAGAUGCCCCCAUGAUCAGUGGCUUCUCUGACGACGUUCCCAUGGUCAUCGCAUAAUCCCCCCCGAGUACUUGUCCCUGUCCACCCUUGCACUCGACCCGUGGCAGUGAAGCCUCAUCAUCCUUCAUACAAGAAAGGUGUAGAGAGAGAGAGAUAUUUUUUAAAGUAUACGAUGCACUUUUUUUCGGAUGCGCAAUAAAUUAUUUUUUAUAAUGUCAAAUAUAUAAAUAUAUAUAGAUAUACAUAUAUAUAUAGGGGGUCAAAAUAGUUCUGAGGGAGGAAACACUGGAGCAAACUGUGAAGGUUAGAAUCGCCGUCCUAUCAAGCCAAAAUCCACAGAUCCAAUGCAAAAACACAGGUCCGUCCAUGUGAUGCGCAGACAGAGGGAGGUGUGAUGUAACAACUGUAAAUAUGAACCCAUCUUCUACUGGAAGCGUGGACUGUAUCUGUGAACGGAAUUGUUUCUGACCCUCAAUUGAAAUACUGUUGUUCACGUCACUCAGCGCAACCAAAAAACAAUUCUAGCGGUUUCUAACUUUGACUUCCUCCGUCAGCACGUUCUGGGGUGUCUCCUCAGGACUUGAGCAGUUCCAGCUGGGGAAGCGGUCCGUUCAUGAGGCGGCUUGUCUCGCUCAUCACGGUGGCGAUGUUCCUGGUCAGUUACAUGAAAAAGUACUUGCCAAGGUGGAAGAAGCCAAGCGUAGAAUAUCAAUAGAAUAGAAAUGGCAUCAAUCCUUUACUACCUGUGACUAUGAGAAUUGCUGUGAAAAUUUACAUUACAUUAUCACUUUAUAUUUUCUAUUGAAAAUGCUUUUGUAAAUAUUAUUGAGCAUUUUAUUUUCACAUGUUCAUGCCUUGUUUUUUGCAUUGUUUACAGAGCACAUUUUUAUUUACAGAACAAUACUGACUGAUCAGUGACAAUAUUUUAAAUUUGAUGAGGCGUAACUGACCUGAACGUCUGCAGUGAUGAGCGACUUCCCGCUGAAAUUGGCCGAGUCCUGUUUUGUGUAUAUGUGCGACACUUGCAUAACACAUCUGGCUAGCGUCUUCUCCCUGUGUAAAUAUUGGUUAUAUCAACAAAAUGCUGCACCACUAUGUCUGUAAAAAAAACCAAAAAGUUGAGCCCGAGUGUGUCACCCUUCAUGUGGCCAUCGUCGACGUGGGAAGCUUCGUCCGGGGUUCUCAGGGAGUUGUGUUGGCACUGACACCAGCGCCGGCAUCAGUAGUUCGAGGCAGCGUCCUUCACCUAGUGACUGAUAGGUACAUGAACCUCUUCUGAGGGCUAAUUGUAGGUGGACUCUGAUCCAUUCUCUGACCCCUAUCCAAGUGUUGGUGCAGGAAAGUCUUGCAGACUCUUUCUCUUUGCUACAAUGGAUUUUAGUUUCAGACUUUUUUUUAUGAAUAAAUGUGGACCCGUGCAAUUUGGAUGGAAAAACAAUUGACUUUUAAUUCUAGUUAAUACUGCUUCUCAACCAGCUGAAGAAACAAUGGCUGUUCUAAAUGAAAGAAAGUUUCUGCAAGGCUUUGAUCUAAUGAUUUCUUUUUCUGUGUUGAACUGUCCUCCAGCUGUCUGAUCUGUGUGUGUGUUCAAAUCUCAGAGCGCAUUUGUAAAUGUGUACGUGUUGACCCCCCUCGGUCCCCCCCACGUCCAUACUGUAGUCUUUUAACUGAACUGGUGUUUUGCCUGUGCGGGCUUGAGCCAUCGCAACCUGGAUCUGCUUGCUUGUCUGUUACCACGUCUCUGAUGAAUGUAUUUUGUAGUGGUGCUUUUGUACGAUGUCCCCACGAAUGAUCUGAUGACGCUUAGAACCUUUUUUUCUUUUUUUUUCCCCUCCUUUAACUGUACAUAUUUUUCUGACUUGAGUUCAGGCAGCGUUAUCUCACCUGGGGGCCGGUUUGAGAAAUGUGAAGUCUGAAUUUAAUCCUUAACUCCGUGUCGAUUUAGCUUGAGUUGUUUCUGAGCAGUUCAGUUUGUUUAACAAUGAAUGUGUGAAUUCCACGACUUGUAACUCAUUUUCUCACACAACAAUCUGUUAUUAUGAAAUGUGUUGUAUGUGCUUCACGACUUACUGUACAAACACUUACUUUUCUCAAAUUUCUGAAUGAAGUGCAACGUGUUGUUCUCUCAUUUUUUAUUCUGCAUUAAACUUCAUCCAUUUUUCAAGGACUAUGCACCCUAAUAAAUGCAUUUCCCAUUCAAAGGAUGUAAACAUUAGUUUAAUUCGUGAAUAAUUUUGGACCCAGUGUUACUGCCCUAUAUUGUUUUUUUCCAUUUCAUUUCAUGCCUUUUUUAGCUCUUGAAAUAUCAUUGAUAGCAAUGAGCCUAAUGGGACAGCAGGUGGCAGUAGUGUUUCCCAGAACUGAAGCGCCAUUCAGCACCUCUUAAUGGUCUGAAUAGUCAAAGCCUUUUUCAAAUCCGUAUUCGCCUAUAAACGGGUGAGUUGUUUACGCGCUGGAAGAGCUGUGUGAGAGGUGCGUUUCUGUUUGAGCUCAUCGCUUUCGGCCAAUCAGCAUACUGUCCCUUUGGAUCGCAUUCUAGAACCAGGCUAGAGGAGGGACUGUGGUCCCUGCUUUUCACAGCCACGAUUCAUUCAUCUUCAAGUUUUUUAAAAAAAAGGAAAAAACUCUCCACAGUUUAGUGUAAGAUAAAAUAAAGUAAAAAAAUGUAAUUUGCCUGAGUGUUUUAUGACCAACUGUCGAAUUGUGAAAAAGACUGCAUACCAUGCCAUUUUAUGAUGUGAGCUUGUUCGAAGCUGUCUGGGAAGCGCAAGAUGAUCAUGUCAGUGCUCAAGUGACAGUGAGGGAGAGCUACAUCAUUUGUAAUUCUUAACCAAGUCGCACUUCGGUGCAGGUGUGGCGUGACUUACAGCCAUGCUCACUCACUUCUCCGUGUCCUGAACCAGAGCAGAAUCACCAUUCUUAUUGUGAAAGAAAAACCCAGAAUGACCAGUUUUCAGGUUUGAACAACUCAGGGUUUUGUCAUUAAUACAGCUUUGUGAAGCAGAGCCCCUACUUAAGUUUAACUUAUUAAUCCAGCUGUUGUGGUUGACACGUUUCAUUUCCUCUCUCUAACUCUUGUUUUUUGCCUUACACUGUUCUGUGUUCUUUUAGGGCGACUUUUUGGUCUCCAUGUUUCCACAUGAUGCCUUAUUGGGUCACGUUUCAGUGUGUCGUUGUGCUGAACACUCUCACAUGCAUGCUCACUCAUGACGCAGAGGAUGUUGUUGCUAGGGCAGCCGUUGACCUCUGUCGCCUCACUGUUCCUGUGUGUGCUCCUGCAGCUCUAGUCCGGUCUGGUCGCUCCGUGUACAAAGUGUGUAUUAGUCAUGAGUGACUGAUGACCCCCCCCACACACCUCCCAUGUCGUUCUGUCGUGAAGAUUUUGUUCAGGCACCGAUGUUGGAUCAUGUUUUUGUCAGGCUGGCUUUUCUCAGUGGCUGCAGGGGAAAGUUUGAAGCAACAGUGUGCGGUGUUCGGAAAAAAAGGAAAAAAAAAACAAACUCAUACUGAAAUAAAGUUGUUGAAAAUCAAGUGCUGUUUGACUCGUGUCUUGGUCUGUCACAUUUCCAUAUACAG